AUGGCAACUUCUGCAAAUAGUAACAAGUAUGCCUCAGAAAGUUGUCUCAGGGCUAAGGAGGAGAAGGUUGACUCCAUGUUGUCGUCAUGCGUUACUAAUUGUAGUGGUGAAAAGGACGAUACAGGAAACAAGACUUGCACCAUUAUCUCAUCUGAACAAGAGGGUAUCCCAAAUUGUUCACUGGCCCCUUUUCAAACGAAUUCUAAUAGUCUUGAAAAUCUACAAGUUUUCCUAGCUUCAAAAGAAAAGGCAUUGUCGGAAACUGCCCUGAGAGUUCUGCUCCGGAAAAGGGAAAACCUGGUAUUACCUUUGUGGCUGAAACUUGCGUAA